AUAUCAAAACUUUACCAUAUUGAAAAAGCACCAAAAAUAUAGAUAAAUAUUCUUCCGAAUAUUAUUAAUCAUGUCGUAUCAACUAUACAGAAACACAACACUAGGAAAUACUUUACAAGAGAGUCUUGAUGAACUAAUCCAAUAUGGUCACAUUACACCAACACUGGCAUUCAAGGUACUCUUGCAGUUUGAUAAGUCCAUCAAUCUAGCUCUAAAUCAACGGGUCAAGGCUAGAGUUACAUUCAAGGCGAACAAACUGAAUACGUAUCGAUUCUGCGAUAAUGUGUGGACGCUUAUGUUAAAUGAAGUAGAGUUCCGCGAGGUGCACGAAUUCGCCAAAGUAGAUAAAGUGAAAAUUGUAGCCUGCGAUGGAAAGAGCGGUGAAUUCAAUGGAUAAUGUAUUAAUAUCUACACGACAAUAUGGAAAACGGUAUCAGUUCUCGGCUAAACUAUUAUUACACAUUCAUGCUGACUAGGAUUUAGUGAUUAGAGCGGAACAUUGGAUGCUUGGACAAAGUUGUUCGGAGAUACAAAUAUUUAAGUAAAUUAGUAAAGUAAUGUAUAAAAAAUCUUUAUUAAAAUACAGAGAUGAAUUUUUUA